AAAUCAUAUUAAUUAAGAUCACCUUGGGUGCUUUAUUGAAAGGAUAAAUAAGCAAAGGCUUCUUGGUUGCAGUUGAAUGUGUGUAGUACUCUGGGAUUGCAAUGGGUUGGUGGUUUCUGCUCCUUGGGCUGUGUGUUUGUGGCGAUGGAGGUUAUCCACUACAUGGCCUUCACAAACUUGUUGAUUCUGUAGUCAUGGGUGGGGAUGGACUGGUGCCCCCUGAGAGCAACACCGGCAGUGACGACCCGGGAGGCACACCGCCCCCCAUGAGCAACAGCACUGGCAGUGACGACCCGGCAGGCACCAGCAGUGAUGACCCAGGCGGCACGGCGCCCCCCAUGAGCAACAGCACUGGCAGUGAUGACCCGGCAGGCACCAGCAGUGAUGACCCAGGCGGCACGGAGCCCCCCAUGAGCAACAGCACUGGCAGUGACGACCCGGCAGGCGCUGGCAGUGACGACCCGGGAGGCACACCGCCCCCCAUGAGCAACAGCACUGGCAGUGACGACCCGGCAGGCACUGGCAGUGACGACCCGGGAGGCACACCGCCCCCCAUGAGCAACAGCACUGGCAGUGACGACCCGGCAGGCACCAGCAGUGAUGACCCAGGCGGCACGGCGCCCCCCAUGAGCAACAGCACUGGCAGUGACGACCCGGCAGGCACUGGCAGUGACGACCCGGGAGGCACACCGCCCCCCAUGAGCAACAGCACUGGCAGUGACGACCCGGCAGGCACUGGCAGUGAUGACCCGGGAGGCACACCGCCCCCCAUGAGCAACAGCACUGGCAGUGACGACCCGGCAGGCACUGGCAGUGACGACCCGGGAGGCACACCGCCCCCCAUGAGCAACAGCACUGGCAGUGACGACCCGGCAGGCACUGGCAGUGAUGACCCGGGAGGCACACCGCCCCCCAUGAGCAACAGCACUGGCAGUGACGACCCGGCAGGCACUGGCAGUGACGACCCGGGAGGCACACCGCCCCCCAUGAGCAACAGCACUGGCAGUGACGACCCGGGAGGCACACCGCCCCCCAUGAGCAACAGCACUGGCAGUGACGACCCGGCAGGCACUGGCAGUGACGACCCGGGAGGCACACCGCCCCCCAUGAGCAACAGCACUGGCAGUGACGACCCGGCAGGCAUUGGCAGUGACGACCCGGAAGGCACACCGCCCCCCAUGAGCAACAGCACUGGCAGUGACGACCCGGCAGGCACUGGCAGUGAUGACCCGGGAGGCACACCGCCCCCCAUGAGCAACAGCACUGGCAGUGACGACCCGGCAGGCACUGGCAGUGACGACCCGGGAGGCACACCGCCCCCCAUGAGCAACAGCACUGGCAGUGACGACCCGGCAGGCACUGGCAGUGACGACCCGGCAGGCACCGGCAGUGAUGACCCAGGCGGCACGGUGCCCCCCAUGAGCAACAGCACUGGCAGUGACGACCCGGCAGGCGCUGGCAGUGACGACCCGGGAGGCACUCUGACCCUCAAGAACUUAAUCGCUGGGUCCACAUGGCGUGACCCUGGACUAUCCUCUCACCUUCCAGGCAGGGGAUGAGUAACUUUGUCUCUUGGAAGGUGUGGUUUUCCAUGGCUGCAUACCUGUCCCUGGAUCUUCAGCUUGUUGGAAUCUGCAAAAGACAGUUGGUACAAUUUGCUUGACAUUUGCUGUUCAAUACAUUGACUUGUGUAAAACUGAUGUAAACCAAUUUGCUUUGUCAAGGUAACCUUGCUCUUCCAGGGCAUGACCCUUUACAUGGUUUGCUGGCCUUAUAGUUGAAAUGAUGCUGAUCCUAUGAUGCACUUUGCAGCAUGUAAUUGAAGGGUGUGAAAUAAUUGGCAUAAUUAUAAUUUAUCAGUUCUGCUUGUACCGGUUUAUAUUGUGGGGAACUGGUCUGCAACUGUUGUGGUGAGGGAAAUUCAAAUGAAUGUGGAUAAUCAUUUCUGUACACUUCAUUCCUUUUGUAUUAGGCUACCACACUAAGAACAGCAAAUUCUUUACAUAAGCUACAAUCUCCCUGGAAUUGUGUAGGCUUUGCCAUUUGUUUUAUUAAACAAAGCAACAAACGACUUGGCGUUAACACAAGCUAUAUCACUGAAUUAUUAAAUGAGUCCAUUAAUAAAUGUGGCCUCUUUCUAUUUCUGAACACUCCAAUGACAGUCUUGUGACCUGUGUGGUGUGACCUCCCCUCUCAAGCCUUUGACUAGUAAAUGAGCCAACACUAGGCAUGAGUCCCA